UCAAAACCAAUCCCUUAGUGACGGCACAACAUUGGUCUCUAAAGAUGGAAGCUUUGUUUUGGGCUUCUUCAGUCCAGGGAUGAAGCUUGGAUGGGACUUAAGGACUGGUCUGGAACGGCGCCUAACUGCAUGGAAGAGUCCAGAUGAUCCAUCUCCAGGUGAACUGAGUUGGGGGAUUGAACUUCAUAACUGCCCUGAGAUAGUCAUGAAGAAAGGCUCGGAGAUUUACUUCCGGACAGGCCCAUGGAAUGGCAUUGGUUUCACUGGUAUACCAGACUUAAAGGAAAACCAGGUUUACAACUUCAAUUUUACCUCCAACAAGGAUGAGGUAUACUUCAUAUUCCACAAUAUUAAAAAGUCUGUAAUCUCAAGAGUAGUUUUGAACUCAACUCUCAACUUGUAUGAGCGCUACGUGUGGGUUGAAGCAAAAAAAAUAUGGAGCCUGUACUUAACUUUGCCAAAAGACACAUGUGACAGAUAUAAUUUAUGUGGUGCUUAUGGCAAUUGUAUCAUUGGUGACUCACCCAUCUGUCAAUGUGUACAAGGAUUCAAGCGUAAGUCGUUAGAAACAUGGAACCCAGAAGAGUGGUCUAAGGGAUGUGUACGAAGUAUGCAAUUGAGCUGCGAGGAUAAAGAUAAAAUUGGGUUUGUUAAAUUGGUCGGGUACAAAAUGCCAGAUACCACGUAUUCUUGGUUGAAUGAAAGUAUGAAUCUUAUCGAAUGCAAAGACAAAUGUUUGAACAACUGUUCCUGUAUGGCUUAUACAAACUCAGAUAUUAGAAAUGGGGGAAGUGGCUGCGCUAUCUGGUAUGGGGAUUUAAUUGAUAUUCGACUGAUUUCAGCUACCGGGCAGAAUGCUAAUGGGCAAGAUGUAUAUAUUCGAAUGCCUGCAGAGCAAGUCAACCAUGAAGAGUUGAAACACAAGAGAAAGAUGAAGGUGAUAGUGAUCUCGGUGGUUUCCAUGGCACUUGCCGUAGUUUUUGGAAUUCUCUUGAGACCCUACUGCAUUUGCAAGAGGACACAUUUUAGAGAGAAAAUGAUGAACAAUGAGAUGAUAGACCAACACAUCGAAGGCCAAAGUGAAGACUUAGAGCUCCCAUUCUUUAGCCUGGCUACCAUAAUUGAUGCGACUAACAACUUUUCAAGCAAUAACAAGCUCGGUGAGGGUGGCUUUGGACCUGUAUAUAAGGGCACACUAACAAACAAAAAAGAAAUUGCUGUAAAAAGGCUUUCACGGAGUUCUAGUCAAGGAUUGAGUGAGUUUAAAAAUGAGGUUUUAUUGAUUGCCAAAUUGCAACACCGAAAUCUUGUUAGGCUUUUGGGCUAUUGCAUUGAAGGAGAGGAGAAAAUGCUAAUUUAUGAAUAUAUGCCCAACAGAAGCUUGGACUUCUUCAUUUUUGAUCAAAGGAGAGCUAAUGUUUUAGGUUGGUCUAUGCGCUUCGACAUUAUUUGUGGGAUUGCUCGGGGGCUUCUCUAUCUUCAUGAAGAUUCUAGUUUGAGGAUUAUACAUAGAGAUCUCAAAGCAAGUAAUAUUUUACUAGAUAGUAAGAUGAACCCAAAAAUUUCUGACUUCGGCAUGGCAAGAAUCUUUGGUGGAGAUCAAACUGAAGGAAAUACAAAUAGAGUGGUUGGAACAUAUGGGUAUAUGGCACCCGAAUAUGCAAUUGAUGGCUUAUUUUCAGUAAAAUCUGAUGUCUUUAGUUUUGGAAUAUUGUUGUUGGAGAUAUUAAGUGGAAAGAAAAAUCGAGGGUCUUUCCAUCAAGAUCAUAGUCUAAACCUUGUUGGACAAGCAUGGAAAUUAUGGAAAGAAAAGAUGCCUUUGAAAUUGAUUGAUACUUGCUCAGAGGACUCUUGCAUCCUAUUGGAGGUUGAACGUUGCCUCCAUAUUAGUUUCUUAUGUUUGCAACAACAUCAUGAGGAUCGGCCUAACAUGUCAUCUGUGGUUAUGAUGUUGCAUAGUGAAAGUCCAUUACCAGAACCCAAAGAUCUUGGUUUCUUUGUAGGAAAAAAAUCAUUGGUAUCAAGUAAGAACCAAUCAUCCUCAACCAAUGAAGUUACUAUUACAUUGUUAGAGGCUCGAUAGUCAAACAUCAUAUCAAUUGCCUUAUAUUGCAUGAAGAAGGAAAGAUCACUCCUAAAUGCAGCUAUAAUCUUAUAUAUGAUACCACCAGAUGCACCUUGGUACUUCCAUCCACUAAACGAUCCUAUGAUUGUUAUUCUUCAUUUGUUCACUAUAUAAGUUGUAUUCCCCCAAGUAUGUG